CUCGAGGGACAUAGAGGCUGGGUCUGCUCAGCCGCCUUCUCGCCGGACGGCAAGCAGGUCGUGUCUAGCUCAGACGAUAAGACGGUGCGGCUCUGGGAUACUAUUACAGGAGCGGUACUACAGAUACUCGAGGGCCAUAUAGGCAGGAUCUACUCAGCUGCCUUCUCACCGGAUAGUAAGCAGAUCGUGUCUAGCUCGGAGGAUAAUACGGUCCGGCUCUGGGACGCCGUUAUAGGAGCGGUACUGCAGACGCUCGAGGGCCAUACAGGCUGGGUCUGCUUAGCCGCCUUCUCGCCGGACGGCAAGCAGGUCUUGUCUUGCUCCUACGAUAAUACAGUCCGGCUCUGGGACGCUAUUAUAGGAGCGGCGCUACAGACGCUAGAGGGGCAUAGAGGCUGGGUCUGCUCAGCCGCCUUCUUGCUAGACGGUAAGCAGGUCUUGUCUUGCUCCAGCGACAAGAUAGUCCGGCUCUGGGACGCUAUUACAGGAGCGGUGCUGCAGAUGCUCGAGGGCCAUAGUGGCAGGGUCUACUUAGCCGCCUUCUCGCCGGAUAGCAAGCAGAUCGUGUCUUGCUCCUACGAUAAUAUAGUCCGGCUCUGGGACGCCGUUAUAGGAGCGGCGCUGUAG